AUGUACGCUAUGGAAACGCAAGUUCUUGACGCAUGUGCUCGUUGGGAAAACGAGUUGCGCAGGCGCCGAGAGACCUUUCUCCGGCGACGAGACAUCGAACUAGGGCCAAAGAAGCACCCGGCCCGAAGUGAAACGAGCUCUCGAACAGCCCAGAAUUCUAAUGAAGUAGACGGUAGCGAACCAGGUUUACAAGAGUUGCAGCGCUCGGAAGAUCACGCUUCUUCCCGUGAAAUAGCGCACACCGAGCCUAUGCGCGGGAGAGCUGGAGCCAAGCGCUGUGAAACCGCUCUUCAGGGCGUGUCAGGAGGUGCUCGGGGACAUGCUCAUUAUCAUCAGGGCCCGGUCUGCUCCGAGAGCCCGCCAAGAGCAAGCGUUGCUGCGGCCGUUACCAUCACCGAGGGUGAACCAUGCGAGAGCGUGCCGGCUGCGCUCGAUGUUGCCUGCAAGGAAAACGCGGAUACUCUGCCAGGUCUCGCGGAAGCGCUUACCUCCAGGCCAAUACGAAAUAAUCCGGCUGGCGUACGCUUUCAACCGCUUUCGUCUCGAAACAGAGACCAACCGCUGACUUCAUUGCAGGAGCUUCGCGGCGUGUAUCGCGCAAGAUACACUGCAGAUGACGCUAACAGUCAGGUGCCUCGUGAGCAAGUCAUCGCUCCAGAAGCAAAAUCGAAGAGCUCCAUGCCUUUGCUCACAAUCGAGCCGACCGAACCCUCGACACUGGCCGCUGUACCUUCGCCGAACGAUGCAGGUACCGAAUGCUGGUUGUUCACACCUGACCGUUGCGAGGGCAAACACAUGGCAACAGAGCACAUGCGAUACCGCGAUGCUCAGCGGAACCGGCCCGCGAGCCUAUUGUCCCCAGCACGAGAGCCGGCCAGCGUCGACCUGGAGUGGCGUGGUCUCUUUGAGCGCGCCCAGCACGAGUUCACUGCGCUCAGCCGAGCCUUCGAGGGCUUGCGCACUGACCGCGAGCGACUUGCACGUGAUGUACUCACCGUACUCGCUGGUUGUCGCCAUUGGUGGCAGCAGCUCGAGAAGGAAACCCAGGCGCUGGCGGAGUCGCGUGCAGACCUCGCGCGAGAUGUCCAAAUAUUCCGCGAGUUCACGACAAAUCUGCAGCGACAAGCAGUCCGACUCUUGCAACGUAUCGAAGAUCGGUUUCAGGACUGUAUGGGCAUGCAGUACCAGCAGAUCGCAGAAUCUGAACGAACUAACAACAAAGUGGGCAUCGCCUCGAAGCAGCGCAACGAGCAUGCAGCAACGUCACCGCAUCAGAACAAGCAGACGGAUCCAGCGCGACUGGAAAACCCCUCGACUGCAGCGCGUUGGGCUUCAGCAGGUACGACUCCCGACGACGGCAUCGAGCACGGGACAGCGCUCGAUGCUCGGCUUUGUUUUUGCACAGCAACGCCUGAUCAACCCACUGCCGAGCAAUGCUGGUUACGGCGCUUUGCGUGGUUGCAGCAGGAGCUUGCUGGACUGCGACAACAGCUCGCUGAGCAGACGCGGAAGCGCACAGCGCACGUCUCUGCUUGCACCGCGCAUCACUCGCAGACAGGUACUGCUGACAAACGCUCCACGCCCGACAUUCGUUUGAUCCAAGCUCGCUCCAAUCUGAGCGGGUUUGAAGAUGCGCCACGUCUCGCUCCAGCGAUACCCGAUUCCGCGGUCGAUUAUCGGAAAGCACGCGGGUUUCCCGUGACAUCUGCAGACCGCUGGGGCACGACCGUGGACCCAUGGGAACCAGAAGCGUACGACGCAUUCGACAGCAUGCCGCCAGCAGAUGCGAAUCAUGACCGAGCGCUGGGGCUAGCGGAUCCUACGCAUUCGCGAACGCAGCGCAUUUCCGCACCGCAACAACGCGAGGGUAUGCCACGGACGCAUGCGCAGGCUGCUGGAGCCGCAGGGGUCGCUCCGAUGGCGCCGCAGUUGGCGUCUGAUGGCAGCGAAAGACCACCAGCACCGAGCGCUACCCGGUCGUCGAAUGCAGGCGUGCACACCCCGAGCCACGAAGCACAGGGUGACGACGGCGGGCGUUGGCAUGUCUCUGGGCGCUCGGACGCGUUACCCCGCUCGUUGUGGUCCAUCGGGCGCACCGCGUCAUCGAUGACAGCGCUGCCUUCCGACAGUGUUGCUCGCAGGUUCCCAGCGCGUCCCAAUGAAACGCGACCCCUCCGAAGCGCCGAGCAGGACGAAGCCGCUCCCGACGAUCUCGCCAGCGGAUCGCUGCAAGAACAGGUUCGAUCCCUGCUUCUGUACAUUGGAUCUCUGCAGGCCCGCACAUCGGAUAGCAUCCGUCUGGCCCAACUCGCGACGCUCCAUCGCCUGAUCGAAGGAAUGUGCCACGCUACCCAGGACCAGGACUUGAUCUUGAGCAGAGCGUUGGACUAUCUCGACAUGCUGCUGCUGCACAACCGUAUUCCAUCUUCGAAUGUACCGGGUGGCGCGAACGCAUCGACCGCAGAAGCACCCUGA